CAAGUGAGAGAGCACAGAGAGAGAGAGUCUCAGUCUGUCAUUAACCAGACUGCUGAGUUUAAUUCAGACUUCAUAGAUUUGAUCCAAACUCCAGACGGAUAAAGAAACACGCAGAAUGGGUGUUCAGGUCAUGUUCGUCGUCCUUUUCAUGUUUUUAGCCACAGUGGAAUCUCAAAAAGGAGGAGUCUCAUUCUGGAGAGACAAAGUUACUCUGACCUGUCCACAAAACGGAACAUGGAAGAAUAACAUGGAAAAUAAAAAUGCUUUAGAACCUGGUGAAACUCAUGAAUUCCACUUUAAAGGCCAGGCCCAAUAUUAUUGUGAAUAUGACAAUAAUGAAGAGGAGAAGAUAAAAUACUACUUCUUCGUAAAAGGGAAGGCCUGUGAAAACUGCUUUGAGGUGGACGGAUUCCUGUUCUUGCUGGUGAUUCUCGUGGAUGUGAUUGGGACUGCGGUGAUGAUGAGGAUAAUCUACGUUUGCACCAAGAGGAAACACCCAAAUGCACCUCUUCAACCCCCAAGAACACGUAGAACCCGGCCUCAAGCGGACCAAUCUUCUGCAUAUGAGGUGGGUAUUGUCAGGAACAGAUUAUUUAGGAUGGCUGUUCAGGUUGUGUUCGCUGUCAUCUUCAUGUUCGCAACUUCGGUGAAGGCUGAAACUGUUAAAGGAGGAGCAACAUUCUGGAACAAGGAAGUCACACUAACCUGUCCUGAGAGUGAUAAAGUAACCUGGUACAAGGAAAAAUCAACAACUCCAGAAACUACAGAAAAUCCACCAAAUCCAUUUACAUUCACAUAUGAGCGCCAAGUCCAAUACAAAUGUCGAUACGAGAUAGAUGGAUCUCCAACUAAAACACUGGAUUAUUAUUUCUAUGUCAAAGGAAAAGCCUGUAAAAACUGCUUUGAACUGGAUCCAAGGAUCUUUCUGGGGAUCAUUGUUGUGAAUGUGAUUGGGACUGCUGUUUUGAUGAUGAUAAUCUACAGAUGCUCCAAGAAGAAAAGCAUAGAUGGACCAAGCCCCUCUAUUAAACCGACUCCGAGAGCUGGGCACCGGGCUCCACAUGGUCCAUCUGCUGAGUAUGAGACACUCAACCCUAACACUCGAUCACAGGACACCUACUCUACUGUUGUGAACAGUGGUAUGGUGAACAGGACUGGAUAGAGACAUCACCUCUACAAUUAUAAAACUCCUUACAUACAUCCUCACAUAUUUUAAUUCUUCUUUAUUGCAAAUCCCAAAUUUAAUAAAGAAGUAGCUUCAUACUGAAAAGUAGAAAGGUGCAGUUCUUGUACAUUAUGUCAGCUUGAAGUCAUUUUAUGGUUUCAAAACACAUGCAGCCUUAAAACAUUAAAACAAAAGCAAUAAACAUUGUUGACAGUUGACACAAACCAUUUUGUUCUACUUGUCUAUUAAAACAGCUUAUACAGCAUAAGUGAAAGAAUAAUUUAUGGCAGAUGUGUUAAAAAUGAAGUUAAUAUGUUAUAUAGUAAUGAUUUUAAAAAGUACAUCUUUAUUUUUAUGUAUCUGGGGUUUUUAUAGGGGUUUUUUCUUUUCAUUUGUAUUCAUUUCAUUUGCACAACUCAUGUCUCAAAGAAAUUUACAAAG